AGAGUCGAUACUACCACCAUACAGCGCAAGUUUUUGGUCGGUUAUCAGGGCUGGUACGCUAGCGAGGUGUUUAUCGUGAGGAGUUUUCUGAGGUUUUGUACAAAGGGUGGUGGCGAUAAACUUGCUACAGAUCUUUGGCCCGACAUGUCUCGAUAUCCGCCCUCGGAACUGUUUCCUGUUCCGGGCAUCAAGCAUAAAUCCGGAAGCCAAGCGUUUCUAUUCUCUUCUUGCAACCCUAAAACUGUUCAGAGGCAUUUCAAUUGGAUGGCGUGCCAUGGUAUCGACGGUGUAUUUCUCCAACGCUUUGCAGGGCAAUGCGAUCCAUUGAAUCCAGAUCACAAAGCUAUUCUGGAUUGGAGAGACAAAAUUGGUGAUAAUGUGAGGCUAGCCGCUGAAGCUGAGGGCAGAGUGUUUUCCAUCACAUAUGAUGUGUCUGGAGUCCAACCCAAUCGCAUACAACAAAUUCUCGAGCAUGAUUGGCUGCAUCUCAUUCGCGAGCGAUGCAUAUUGGACAGUCCAAAUUAUCUUCAGGAGCGAGGCAAACCAGUGGUCUGCUUAUGGGGUAAGUUACAUGGAUCCCCGUGUGCUACUCGUCGGUCGCUCAAUCCCUGGCCUAUGUAG